UAAUUUUUAUCACAUUUCUUUCAUUUACCGUCGUCCGUCCGGAUCGACGAUGUUUCUAAUACAGUAGACAUUUUUCACCAAAUGCUGGUUAAAUUGUAGUUUUGUGAUUUUUAAGGACUAUUUUUCGAACAUUUACCAUGUAUUCUGUUUGGCCUCGGUACAGAUAUAUCUACAGAAAUACGCACUGUCUCAAGUAUUAUUCAUCAACACCUCCCCAAAAACCAAAUUUUUUUAUGCAAGUUUUCAAUAACAUAAGAGAUGAGAUAGCUAAAAACAAAGAAAUGAAGCAAAAUUUAGAACAAUUUCGUGCUGAGAAAAAGAAGCUGGAAGAAUCGGACAAUCUAAUUAAAGCUAGACAGAAAUUGAAUACAAUUGAAUCUGAAACAUUCAAAGUCACUCAGCAAGCCAAAAGUGUUGUGAACAUAGUUAUGAAUACAGUCAAGACUAAAGUGAAUCAAGCUAGUGAAUCUGAUUUAGCAAAAAAAGCUGGAAAAAUCAGUGGAAGUAUUAGCAAAACUGUUUUGGAAAGUGGAACAAAAAUUGGUCAGUCCGGACCUGUAAAGUCAUUUUCAAAUACUGCUGAAGCCAUUUCAGCACAAAUUGAUAGCGAAACUUCAUUAAAUUCACAUGUGUACAAAGCGCCUAAAUCUUUAAGAAAACGGUCAGACUUGGGAAACCAAGGUCGAUUUGUUCCUAAUGAAACAGAAACUGGCAUUACUAUUCAUAAAGAUUCCAUGAUAUGGGAAAGUUGGAAUAAAUUUAAAUCUGAAAAUUCAUUUAUGCAAAAAUUAUCGGACCUCAAAGAACGUUUUGAUGACAGUGAUCAUGUAUUAGCACGUGCUACACGUUCUGUUACAAAUACUUUGUCAUCAGUAUUUCAAAAUGCUGAAAUGUCAGAUGUAGUAACAGAAUUAUGUCGUGUUGAACCUGAUUUCAGUUUAGUAAACUUUAUUCGUCAAUGCGAAACUGAUAUCAUACCAAAUGUACUUGAAGCUAUUGCACGGGAAGAUCUAGAAAUUCUUAAAGACUGGUGUUUUGAAGCUCCUUAUAGAGUACUAUCACAUCCUAUAAAUGAGCAUCGAAAAAAGGGCCAUCAAACAUACUGCAAAGUAUUAGAUGUACACAAUGUAGAUGUAGUCACUGGAAAAUUAAUGAGCCAUGGUCCAGUUUUAAUAAUAUCAUUCAGUGCCCAGCAAAUCAUGUAUAUUAAAGAUAUUAAUGGAUUAAUUAUUGAUGGAGAUCCUCAUACUGUAAUCAGAGUGAUGUAUACUUGGGCAAUGUGUAGAGAUUUAGAAGAAGUAAAUCCAAGAGCUGCUUGGAAAUUAUUAGACAUUGCAGCCAAUUCUACUGCACAAUUAUUGUAAACUGUAUUUAUAAAUAAUAGUGUAUUUGUAACAAAAUGUUUUGUUUUUAAAAUAUUUGCUCUGUUUAACUUCUGUUUAAUGGUCGCUUUACUGAUAAACUCUUGUUAAAAAUCAAUGAAGAACCUUAUUAAAUUGAGAUCAUACCUUGAUA